ACCAGGCCAUAAAAACAUUAUUCCAAAAUUUUUGGCGCUUUCUUUAAAACGAAGUUUCGCUAUUUUUUUAAGGAUGUAUUACCUAUACAAUCCCAGACAAAAGUGACUUCAAUUUGAAAUUGAUGAAAUUCUAUGCUUUUAUGGGUUAAAAUAUGUACCAUAUGUGCUCGUAUCAUGUAAAGGAUUUAAAUAAUGCCAGUUAAUGUGAUAUUUAGCACUACAAAUGAAUAUAUUUGCACAGUUUGCAAAUUUUGUGAUUAUCAACAAAAAACUUUUGGACGUGAAUUUCACCUGAAAUCAACUGUAAGGAACGAAAAAAUGUUGCAUAUAUUAGCAAUAUUUAAUUUAUACCAGACAUCAAACGAUACUUAAAAACACAAGAUAUGUAAAUAAAUGUCAUUGACAUAAUAUUCACCUUUCUAGCCCUUUAUACAAGUCAAAAUAGAAUGUCUAAUAUCAUAUAUAAUAAGUAUGGCAACACCGCACUCCGCUAGUUUACCAUUCUAAGUUGGCUGCCCUGCGGUCUCGUACUCGAAUGCGAGUUUAAGGUUAGGAAGAUCCACUGCCGUAUUAAAAAGAAUGUCGAAAUGCAAGGGAAGGCGCUGGAAAGGCAAAUUAGUAUCCGAAGCGGUUUAUCAACAGAGAAUAAAACAAAGUCGAAACUGUAAGACCUUAAAUAAAAGUCGCAGUGAAUAUAAUGCGAACUCGAAACUCGAGUCAGAAGAAAAAGAUAAAUCACCUCAACCGAGCUACAUGGAAGGACGCCGCAUUGUUGAAUUUUCCGUUCUCGCUGAACAAUUGUGGUGUGUGUCAUGCAAGGAAGUUCUUUCUCUACAAUAUAUAGAAGAGGAAAUGCACAGAGGUUUGGGCUCGAUAUUGUUGGUGAGAUGCCACAAGUGUCUACUCAUGAAUUCAGUCGCCACGGGUAAACAGCACAACUGGGGACGUCGACGCUUGUCUCGUUUCGACGUAAAUGCUAAAGCAGUAAUUGGUAUGCUUCAUGGUGGAUUAGGACAUACGCAUCUCAACAAACUACUAUCCUGUUUAAAUAUUCCAACUAUCAACUUUAAGACAUUUAAAAGAUAUGAGCAAGAGAUUGGACAAGCAACAGAGAGCAUUGCAAGAGAAAGUUGUCUGAACGCAGCAGAUUUGAAGCGGCGGCACACAUUGGAGAAUAAAGAAAAUAUCGAACAGCUAUUGUAAUUAUAUUGAUUUAUUUUGGUAUUAUUGGAGCAGAAUUUUUUACACAGUUCCAAGAUUCUAUACAUGCAAUUGUAUCAUAGUUUUGCCUUUAUGAUUUUUAAGUGAUCCGAUCAGGUUAAAGAAAAUAUAUAAUGAUAUACAUAAAUAUACAAAUAUACAUAAAUAUAUACAUAAAUAC